ACAUUGGAACUCGUAAACAGCCAACGCCAUCAGUUGAACGUUUCGUCUAUUCUUUGCUGUUGUGACUUGUUUGAAUAAUCUUGAGAAAGGUAACAAUUAACAAGAUACUUGAAGCUGUAUUAGCUGAUAGUAUUGGCUUGGCCGUUUAAAACGCUCAAAUUGACCGAUUGGAUCCUCUGUAAAUGUGAGCGAAGUUGAAUUUUAUUUAUGCAGCAGAAUUCGGCGCAGUGGAAAGGAUGUAUCGUUUUUCUGUUUUAUUGAACCGUCGAUUCUCCAAAUGGUGCAUCGCUGCUAUUUGUAUAUCCCUUUUUGUUACCUGUAUUCAUUGGAUGACGAUGAAGCCCCAGAGAAACCUAACUCCAGCCAGAAAAUUUGCUUUCAUGAAAAAUCACAAAUGCGGUAGCAGCACAAUCGAAAAUAUCAUAUUCAGAUAUGCACACAAGCAUGAUUUAAACGUCGUUUUACCCGAAAGUGGGAACUAUCUGUCCAAGACUGCGCUGUUCGAUCAUAGAACACUGAACAACACGAAAUGGAGGAAUUUGCCUUUCGACAUUUUCUCAUUGCACAACCGCUGGAAUCGGGAAGAAGUCAUGAUAUUACUGAACGAGCAAGUCCCGACGUUCACCAUAGUGCGGGACCCGGUGGAAGUGUUCGUCUCCAUGUUUCACUACCAAGAUAAAUUCAGAGAGUUUUACGGAGUCAAGGAUAUCCACGAGAUGGUGGAGAAAAUCAAAACACAGCCCUCGUUACCUGUGCUGAAUAAGCGCUGGCUCAAUUAUGUCGGUCGCAAUCAAAUGGCCUGGGACAUGGGGCUGUCUCCCAACAUCUUCGACGACGAAGAGGCGAUGAAGAGAGAAAUUGAACGAUUGGAUAGAGAGUUCGAUCUCGUCAUGAUGGCCCACCGAAUGGAUGAAUCUCUUGUCCUGUUAAUGGAUUUGCUCAAUUGGUCUGUGAAAGAUGUAAUCCAUCUGGAUUUGAACCGAAGAAAACCGGAUAAGUCGAGCCCAUUGAACGGAAGGGAAAGGGAUGUACUGGCCGAUUGGUUGGCAGCUGAUGUCCAAAUCUUUCGGUAUUUCUCGCGCCGGUUUGACGAACGAGUGGCCGCAAUAAAUCAGAAACAUUCCAACUUUUUCGACUGGAUCGCUCAAAGUGGUUUCUACGGUCAGUUUGGCCAUGUCAGACAGCACGCGCAAUUAUUGAAAAGCGCUAACAACGAACUGUACGAUCUGUGCGUGCUCCAAGAAGUCGGCAACGAAAAGCUGUCGGGGGUGUUUAAAGAGACCAGCAACAACAUUAUUGGUUACGUCAUCAACGAGGAGCACAAAGGAUGUUCCCUGUUUGCAAUGAGCGAGCCAGCUUUCCUCAAUAUAUUUCAGAAGCGAUUGUUGUCAAAAGCAUUGAAGCCAACGUGAAACUGUUAUUAGGUUGGCGUGAUGUUUAAUACAAGAAACAAAUUCCCCUUCGA